AUGGCACGCGAAAAGUUUGAGCGUACAAAACCGCACGUAAACAUCGGAACAAUUGGACACGUAGACCACGGUAAGACAACUCUUACAGCAGCUAUUACUAUGGCAAUGGCAGCUCGUGGUGGUUCAGCUGGUAAGAAGUAUGAUGAAAUUGACUCUUCACCUGAAGAAAAGGCACGUGGUAUUACUAUUAAUACUGCACACGUAGAGUAUGAAACAGCAACUCGUCACUACGCUCACGUAGAUUGUCCGGGACACGCCGACUAUGUAAAAAAUAUGAUUACUGGUGCAGCGCAGAUGGAUGGAGCAAUUCUUGUAGUAUCGGGUGCUGAUGGACCAAUGCCACAAACGAAAGAGCACAUUCUUCUUGCUAAGCAAGUAGGUGUACCUAAUAUUGUUGUUUUCUUAAACAAAGAAGACCAAGUUGACGAUGAAGAAUUACUUGAACUCGUAGACAUGGAAAUCCGCGAGACACUUUCGAGUUACGAUUUCCCAGGUGAUGAAAUUCCAGUAAUUGCUGGAUCAGCACUUCUUGCAUUAGAAGCGCUUUCAUCAAAUCCUAAAAUUGGUGAUGGGGAAGACAAGUGGGUAGACAAGAUUUUCUCAUUAAUGGAUAACGUAGACAGUUAUAUUCCUACUCCAGCACGUGAAACAGAUAAGACUUUCCUUAUGGCCGUUGAGGAUGUAUUCUCAAUUACUGGACGUGGAACAGUAGCAACUGGGCGUGUAGAGCGUGGAACAGUAAAAGUUGGAGCAAGUAUUGAGAUUAUUGGAUACGUUGAUACUCGUGUGGCAACAGUAACAGGUUUAGAAAUGUUCCAAAAGACUCUUGAAGAGUCUGUAGCUGGUGAUAACGUUGGUGUACUUCUUCGUGGUAUUCAGAAAGAAGAUAUUGAGCGUGGAAUGGUACUUGCUCAGCCAGGAACGAUUACACCUCAUACUAAAUUUGAAGCCCAAGUAUAUGUUCUUAAAAAAGAAGAAGGUGGACGUCACACUCCAUUCUUCCCUGGAUACCGUCCACAAUUCUAUGUACGUACAACAGACGUAACAGGAAAAAUUGAGUCAUUCAUUUCUGAUGAAGGGGAUGAAGCAACAAUGGUAAUGCCUGGUGACCGUGUUAAAAUGGUAGUAGAACUUAUCCAACCAAUUGCCAUUGAAAAUGGAAUGCGUUUUGCAAUUCGUGAAGGUGGUCGUACUGUUGGGGCAGGUGUAGUUUCUUCAAUCCUUAAAUAA